AUGUCAGCCAAAGCCACGAAGAUACUCUUACUGCUGCUGCUGCUUCUCCCUGCGGUGUCCCAGGCUGCCACAGUGGCAGACACCGUGAUGUGUCGGAAGACCAAGGGCAGGUGUUCGUUCCUGCUGUGUCCCUUGUUUAUGAGAGCCACCGGUACCUGCUACAACAGACUGGCGAAGUGCUGCAGGCCCUUAUGGUGA